AUUUCGGUCAGUAUGUGUUGAGCUUUUCUUGAGUCAAGUUGUUCAGCACUGUGCCAAUAGUUCUGCUGAAGAUAAAUCAAUUGCUGCUGAUUUCGAUUCGUAUUUUGUCGAUUUUGCCAAAACAACACAAUAUUUCAGGGAAGACACGAAUAUGCUUUUACUGAAGUAAUUCGUCAACAAUCCACAAAAAGUGAUUUCCAAAGAUUUGGAAGUAUAUCUCGAACAUUCCGAACCAGUGAACACGUGGUUGCUGAACUGUGAUAAACUGCACAGCAGCGGACGAUAAGUAAGAGAGUUAACGGCAAAGUUAACAAUCCAGAGGUCGCCGGUACCAAUCCCGCGCCCGGCACAAACAUAUUUAAGGCACCGUACUAUCAAAAACUUUGGAUCCCGAGGCGGCAAAGUCCCUGUACAUGGAAUUAACAGAACGUGCAAAUUUGAAAAUGACAACGAAAAUGCAAAAUCCAACAUGUUCCUAUAAAACCAUCACGCUUGAUAGCCAUGGCAUCGAUUACCAACGACAAACGGCGUGUGUUCUGCUUCAGAGAUCAAUGGAGGAACAUGGAGAAAAUAGUGAAUUUGUGUACAAGCUGGCGUUCGAGGUAACGGAGGGGGGUAAAUUUGACGACAUUGGACUAUUCAUAAACGGUGCAUGGAUUCUGAUUCAGACGAAGCACGCCAAGUCUGAGAAAGGAGGACCGUACUUGCUAACUGACGAAAUGCUGUUCAAAGAGGACAAUGGCGCAUUCUCCAUACUUAAAUAUUUAAAAGAGUAUCAUAAAAUGAAGUGGAGUUACGGUCCAAUUAAAUAUAUCGUACUUUUUACAAAUAGAGUGUUUGAAACAGCAAAAGCUUACCCAGAAGCUGAAUUGGAUGGUUUGUUAAAGUUUUCAACCGGAAUCCAUUGUCAAUUACGUUUAGAAGAUUUUGAGAGAGAAACUUUCAAGUUUUAUUACAAUAAGAUUGAAGAUGCUAUGGUUAAGCUAUUUGAAAACGAAGAGUUGGAUGCCAUAAUCAUAAAGUUCAAUGUAUUUUUAAAAGAAAUUCUUUAUAACAGCGUUGAAAAUGUACGAUUAUCAAAUGAAAUUAAGAACAAUAAUCCUGACAUACAAAGGCUGUGGAAUUCCCUGAGAGAAAAAAUCAAGGAUAAAACCGUGUCCAUUGACAAAAUGGGCGAUUUCUGGAGUCAAACAAAAAACCUGAUAAUUACAGGCAUAGACGACAAAACAAUCAACGAUUUCUUCUCUAAAUUCGUACUAUCGACUGGACAACCAGAUCUGACAGCCAUUCAACAGGAAAUUAAAGAUAAAGGACUUUUGUGGAUGCGAUCUUGGAUGCAGCCGGAAUAUUUUGGACAGAUAGACGCAGGUUUUUUGGAAACUUUUUUGAACAAGUUUGUUGCAAAGUUUAAGGAAUAUGAAGAUACGUUAAAGGUCACUAGAGUAAAUACAAAUGGAAAAGAAAGGGUGCUUUCUGAGAGGAAGUUUUUUCAAGUGAAUGAUGGACAGAAAUUUUUGCAAGGUUCACAAACAGAAAUAUUAGAGGCCACCCAAGGAUAUUGUGGCCGUCUGGAACCUACAAUAGCUUAUUAUGUAAAUCGGACAAUCUCUGUUUUGAAUGCAGAGUAUUCGAAAAACAUUUUAGAUACCGAAUUUGUCCAGAAGCUCUACUCUAAUUUUAGCAAUAAACAAUGUUAUGUUCUCACGGAUCAACCCGGUAUGGGGAAGACUACUCUUUGGCAUUUCUUGGCAUUCGGAGCUCAGAAAACGCAUUUAGAUAAGUUCGUAUUUCUAGUUAAUUUAAACAAGCUGCGAAAUAAUAUUCCAAACAUUGAAAAACUAGAAGAUGUACUGACGAGCAGAGUUUUUGAUUCUGUCCUCUCAAAAAGUAACGUUGAAAAGAUCGUUAGGGAAACUACCAAACCGACGCUCCUAUUUCUCGAUGCAUUUGAUGAGCUCUCGAGCAACAAAGAUAAUAAUGACGAGAGCAACCAAGAUAAAGCAUUAAAAUUAAUCAGUGUUUUACUUCGAAAAAACAACUUAAAAAUUAUAAUCAGUGGGAGGAAACACGUUAAAGAAAAGCUCGAACGUCACCUCAACGGGAUUUCCCUAGAACUGCAGGAAUUCAACCGUGCCGAACAAGAGAGCUUUUUGGAAAGAUUUUGGAACAAAAAUGAUGCCGGAAAAGUGAGCAAAUUUUCCAAGAAAUUACUCGACAAAUUUCACAAAGACAUUGGCCGCGUUAAUUAUGACUUUACCGGUAUUCCAUUGAAGAUCAGAAUGUUGGCCGAAAUCUAUGAAGAGCCGUUGAACCAAUAUUUGAAGUCAUCUGGUGACGAUGCUUUGGAGCGGAUUAUCUGUGAAGAAAAGUUAAGUGUUGCUGAGCUGUACGAUACUUUUUUGAAAAAAGCCAUCAAAAGUUCAAUUGAAAAAAAUCUUAAUAUCAAUAAUGACAAGUUUGUAGACAGUAUCCUCGGUCCAGCAGUAGAUGAUAUUUAUUACGGCUACCAAGUAUUUUCGGUAAAAGGUACAAUAACUUAUAGCAUUACAAGAUGUGACAUAAAACCAUUCUUAACUAACAAACGUUACCACGUGGCAUUAUAUUCGUUCAUGCGCAAUGUUGCACACAAACAGUCUGUUGUAUUCCAAAUAGUUGCAAAUGAACCGACAUUUACUCAUUUGACUUUUGGGGAGUUUUGCGUAGCUAAGUUUUUAUUUGAUUUUAUUUGCCAAACAACAGUCAGAUUUUACAAAAAGGAAAUAAUAGAAUUCUUAGAGCGCGAAAAUUGCAUUCGAAACUUUUUACUGGAAAUGGCCAACAUCGAAAUUGCAAAAGAUUUAAAAAAUCAUCGCCAUCUGAUCAAAUCGUUAAAGUAUUUAGGUGAAGAUAUCAUUGUUUGGUCGAUUGAAAGGGAUUAUAUCAACAUAGUAAAAAGAUUAUAUAGUUCUGAUAAUUACAAAUCCAUUCGAGACAACAAAGAAGUAGCACUGUUACAAUUCGCAAUUGAAUGUAAAGCCAAACAAACCGAACUCUUUUUCAUCAAAAAAAAAGGUUACAAUCUUCACAUAGCAGUUGAAUGCGAUCGACUCGAUUUAGUCAAAACUUCCAUUUCCGACAUAAAUUCUAUAGACAAAAUAGGUAGAACACCAAUUUUUCUAGCAAAAAGUUUUGAGGUAUUUGAAUUUCUAAUUAAUGCAAAUGCAAAUCUUGAAACAAAAGAUGUUUGUGAAGAUACUGUAUUGCAUUAUGCAGUUUUGAAUGGAGAUGUGGAAUUUGUGGAAAAAAUAAUCGAUUUGCAAGAUUCAAACGGAUUUUGCCUUUCAAACUAUAUCAGAACCAAAAACAAGAAUGGAGAUACACCACUUCACAAAGCAGCAUCAGAAGGUAAACUAGAUGUUCUUGUGUGUCUUUUUAAGAAAGGUCUUAAAAGCAACUUAAAUUCAAAAGAUGGGCAAACACCCGUUUUAAAAUGUAACCCAACCUUACUAGAAACAUGUAAAUUUCAUGAAUCGGGAAAAUUAAUGAAUGUUGCGAUACCAUCAUAUUUUGAAAGGAAUAAAGUGAAUCCAAAUGCUAUAAACAAUAUCAAGGAUGCUUGUCGACUCAUCGGCAUCGAUGUUAAUUCAAAAAUUGGUUGGAGAGCAAACUCUGUUCUCCACAUUGUCGCAGGAAAAAAUGGCAAAGUAUUGGCAGAGUUCUUUCUUGAACAUGAAGCAGAUCAGGACAUUCAAAACGUAUCAGGUGAAACUCCACUUCACAUAGCUCUCAGCAAUCGUUCAUACGAAACUGCCGAAUUUCUCGUCACUAAAGAAAUAAACUUAUGUUUAAAAGAUAAGAAAGGAAACACCGUUUUGCAUUUGGCAGCGCAGCUCAAAGAUAGUAAAUGUUUGGAAUUAUUGAUCGGCAAAUACCAAUCAUUGGAUCUUUCUAUUGCCGAGGAAAACGAAGACGGAAUGACCGCUCUUACAAAUGCGAUAGAAUAUAGAAUAAGAACAAAUGUCGAACUUUUACUAUCCGCAGGUGCUCUUCCAAAUUUAAAUUUUAUUCGUGAUGAUAGAUUUGAAGCAUUUCCAGAAUUAAACAGAUAUUUAGCUGACGUUUUCACACUUUCCCAGAAAGAUUUUUGCGUGGGAAGUGAAGAUUCUAAACAGAUUCUGAACAAAUUCGGCUUCAAUAUCGAUUGGAAAGAGCGACUUGGCGAAGAAGCACUACUUUUUGCUGUUGAACGGGGUUACGAGUAUGUUGUGAAACUUUUGAUAACCUAUAAUUUUGAUGUGAAUGGCUUAAAUAUGAAACUAACGCCACUGAUGUUGGCAAAUAGAAUAGAGAUUUAUAAAUCGCUGCUUUCUGCAGGCGCUAGCCAAUAUUCAGAAUAUUCAGAUGGUAAUACAUGGCUUCACAUAACAGCAAAAAAUAAGAGCAGAGAAAUUGUAGAACACGUCUUAAGAGAAGAUCCAACACUCAUCAACAAAACUAAUAAACUUGGCGAAACAGCACUUCACAUAGCGGUUAAAAAUAAUAAUAAAAACAUUGUUGAACUCCUCCUCGAUCUAAAUGCUGAUCCAAAUAUCGAAAACAAAGAAGGAAAAAGUCCUAUAAUAUACGCUAUUAAAUCCAAAUAUAAACGUAAUGUAGAAUUGCUGAUGAAACAUUCACCUAAGAUAGAUUUACUAGACGACAACGGUAUACUAAAAGAAGAACUAAACUUCCUUUAUGAAAUUGAAGAAUUUGUUGAGCUGCUACUCAAAGAAAAAAACUUUAAAAUCAAUGCAGCUGAUGCCAAAGGACUUACUCCUCUUCAUCACGCAGCAAAAUGUGGGAAUUUAAAAGUAUUGCAGUUACUGCUUAGAGAAGGAGCAGAUGUUGAUGCAGAAGACAGCAAUGGAAAUACUUCGCUGUAUUAUGCUGCUAGAGAUAUUACUAAGGUCGUUAGUUUUCUAAUCGAUUAUUCUUCUGACAUUAACCACAAAAACAUGAAUGGAGACACUCCGCUUCACUUCUAUAUCCAGAAAGGUAUCAAAAUGAAUGGAGAUACUCCGCUUGACUUCUAUUUCCAUAAAACAAUGGAAGUUGAAAUUCUAACAAUUCUACUUGCAAAGAGAGCUUGCCCUGAUUUGGCAAACAAUGAUGGAAACACCCCAUUGCAACUAGCAAUUAUUGAUCCUUAUAUUGGUAGUUUUUCUUUUUUCAAUGACAGACAUAAUUUGCUGGAAAUUGCCCAAUUACUCAUUGACCAUUCUUCCGAGUUGAACAGACAAAACAAUAACGGUGACACAGCACUCCAUUUGGCAGUUUCAAAGGGUGAAUUGGAAAUCGUGAUGGCACUUAUCGCAAGGGAAGCUGAGAUUAGUCUCACAAAUAAAAGAGAAGUAAAUCGACCUUCUUCGUCGAUUUCAAAGAACGCCAGCUUACAUUGGAAAGACAAAGAUGGAAACACCCCACUGCAUCUAGCAAUUGUGAAGAUGUGUCGUUCUCGCUGCUUGGGUGGAACAUAUAUUUCUUUUGAAAUAGAUAGAUUAAUGAAAAUCGCCCUAUUUCUCAUCGACCAUGCUUCCGAACUAAACACACAAAACAAUAACGGUGACACCGCACUCCAUUUGGCAGUUUUAGCGAAUGAACUCGAAAUCGUGAAAGCACUAAUCGCAAAGAAAGUAAAUUUGAGCCUGAAAAAUCGAGACAGCAAAACUGCACUGCAAUUGGCUGCUGAAAAAAUCGAACGUCGGAAAAUUUUGCUUAUUUUGAAAAGCGAAACUUCAAAUUCUUCAGACCAGGCAUUAGAAUCCCGCAAGCGGAAACGAUCCUCAGAUUCCUAACCCAUAAAUCUUCCAAUUUAAUUCAAAUUUGAAACUUCUUACGCCCAUUUCAAAGAUACAGUUUAGACUCGAAUAUCCGAAGUCCAGGCAAAAAAAAAAAACACUUUUCAUAACAGACACCCGAAAAAAACUACGUGUAAUAAUAUUUUACGGAUUAUUAUUCUUUAGAAAGCCCAUUUUUAAAUACAUAUUUAGGAAUUGUUAGUUUGAGGCUAGUGAGUAGAGAUGAAAUAAAACAACAACAAACAUUUAAACGUAUUGUAUUUUUAGAAUCGGUAACUGUAAAUUUUAAGCACAAUUCUUAGCAAUA